AUGGUAUGGAUUGUUUAUGGAUUACCAGUAGUGCAUCCUUUUGGCACUCCUACCCUUGUUACUAAUGCAGUAGGAGUGACCAUUAUGGCAAUGUAUCUACUCGUAUAUAUCAGAUAUUGCGACCAGCCUAGACAGCGACGACUGAUCAUUGCAGUUAUGAUAGUUGAGGUCUUGUUUGUGGUUGCAUUUGCAAUCUUGAUCUUUACGCUAGUAGAUUCUAGAGGAUUUCAGCGAUUGGUGAUUGGUGAUGUUUGUUGCGUAUACAACAUCAUCAUGUAUGUCCCUCCCAUAUCUGUUGUGAUGAGGGUUGUGAAGACCAAGAGCGUCGAACACAUGUCUUUCUCGGUAGCGUUUGCGAUGUUCGCAUAUGCUAUAGUUUGUAGCGUCAUCUCAUUUCUACCCCUGGAUCCUAUUAUGUUUAUUUCCUUUGGGAUAUGCACAUUACUUGGACUAGUCCAAGUAGUUGUGUACGCUGUGUAUUACCCAUGGACACAGAUGGUUAUUGCGGCGAGACAGAGACUAUCUGUUUGA